AUGGCGGAGGAUAAACUGAAAAACGCUAAGGGCCAUUUUCAUACUGGGAGGUCCCGGAUGUGGCAAAGGGACACAAUUGGAGACCUGCUGCGUGAAGAGUGCGCGUCUGGGUCUGCACGGGGAAAAGAAUUGUCAGCAAUCAUGGAGCGAGGCGAACUCGUUCCCUUGGAUGUUGUGCUCUCUCUUAUCAAAGAAGCCAUGUUGAAGCUGAUAGACAAGAAUUGUUACUUCCUCAUUGAUGGUUAUCCCCGAGAACUGGAACAAGGAAUCCGGUUUGAAAAAGAAGUGUGCCCUUGCGUCUGCGUAGUUACUUUUGACGUGGAUGAGAAAAUAAUGGUCCAACGUCUGUUGAAAAGGGGCGAAACCAGUGGUCGUGUGGAUGACAACGAAGAGACAAUCAAGAAGCGUUUGCGGACAUUCAAUGAAAGCACAAAACCUGUGAUCGACUAUUAUGAAAAACAGAACAAAUUGAUUCGCAUCGAAGCCUCCGGUACGAUCGACGAAAUUUUCUCCAAGUUGUGCACCAAGCUCCAAGAGAAAGUCAAACUCUGA